GAAGCGUCUAGGAAAAGCCACCAUGGUGCCCAAUUUCCAGAUCGAGAUUGACAGUCUGCCGGUUGAUCGCUCUGCUGAGUUCCAUCAGAAAGUAGUUGAUGGCAUCGAAGACUUACUGCUGGUACUGGCUGAAGAUGGUCGUGUGUUGUAUGCUUCUNCCAAAAGCUUCUCGCUCAUCCAGAUCAAGCCUGAAACUCUUGUUGGACGUUACAUCAGCACAUACAUGAAUGUCGACGAUAUACCUGUGUUCCUGAUGGAGUGGAAGGAAAACAUGGCACUAGGAGACUCUUGGAGAAGCCAUCAUCGACUACGACAAGGAGAUGACACCUACAAGCCUUUUGAGUCGACCUUCAAACCAUACACCGACAACACCAUGGACGACAAGACUGGUUCCAAAACAGGCAACAAGCUGUGCUUGAUGACUUCACGGCCUUAUCAGAUCACGAGUACAACCUUGAUGGACUCGUUCCUCGAACACUAUACCACAAACAUCCGCCUAUCCAACCAGCUGGCAUGGUUAAAAGGAGAAGCCGAGGAGUUCUAUGAAAGCACAUUAUCGACCACGACAGCUAGUGUUGAGAAAGACGACACCACAGUCCAAUGUGCAACCUUCAAACUCGAGACUACGACGGCGAAUGCUACGACACCCUCAAAAAAAAGUGUCAGACUCGGAAAUUCUAUCGACUACGCUUUCUGUAUCAGGAUCGGUAUGGGCGAUAUAGGGAUCGAAAUCACCACAUCACGCCUGCAGACGAUGAAGGAAACCGGUGCCUGGACAGCAAAGCCACGCACCAAGAAGCGCAAACAAGAAAUCGCGCACGAGUUUCUGUGCAAAGAAUGCGGCACUACCGAUUCUCCAGAAUGGCGGAGAGGGCCCCUAGGCUCAAAGACGCUGUGCAACGCUUGUGGAUUACGAUGGUCCAAGGCCCAAAAAGAGCCCACCUCCUGGCAGACCGAAGUCGAAUCUUCGCAA